CGCGCUGCCUCGCUCCUUCCUGCCUGCCUUCCUCCCUCCCCAUCCCGGACGGGCGAGCGAGCUGUUUCCGGGUCAAUGCAGGACGCGGCCGCCGGACGGGGAGCGUAAAAGCGGUGGGGCCCGGGAAUUACAUGGAUGUGUGAUCUUUUCCCUCCUCGGAAAAAUAAAAUGAAGGGCUAAGAAGAUUCCCAGAAACUCACACAUGUAACUCCCGGGAGAGCUGAUGCUGAAACUAAAAAAUAACCACCUUGUCAUUUCUGGAAGGGACAAUGGAUCAGCCCAGCGGGAGAAGUUUCAUGCAAGUUCUUUGUGAAAAAUACAGCCCGGAAAACUUCCCUUAUCGUCGUGGUCCUGGAAUGGGAGUGCAUGUCCCGGCUACACCUCAGGGUUCACCUAUGAAAGAUCGCCUCAACCUGCCAAGCGUGCUGGUGUUGAACAGCUGUGGGAUCACCUGUGCAGGAGACGAGAGGGAGAUAGCUGCCUUCUGUGCUCACGUAUCUGAACUGGAUCUUUCUGACAACAAAUUAGAAGACUGGCACGAGGUCAGUAAAAUUGUGUCCAAUGUCCCUCACUUGGAGUUUCUGAACCUGAGUUCCAAUCCUCUGAAUUUGUCAGUUUUAGAAAGGAAAUAUGCUGGAUCUUUCUCUGGUGUUCGCAAACUUGUGCUCAACAACAGCAAAGCUUCCUGGGAAACAGUCCACACUAUACUGCAAGAAUUACCAGACUUGGAGGAACUUUUCCUGUGCCUUAACGACUAUAAUGCAGUGUCUUGUUCUCCAUCUUGUUGUAAUUCUCUCAAAUUGCUCCACAUAACUGACAACAAUCUCAAAGACUGGACUGAGAUCCGGAAGCUGGGGAUAAUGUUUCCAUCGCUAGAUACUUUGGUUCUGGCCAAUAACAGUCUGUCAACCAUUGAAGAUUCCGAAGAUUCCCUGGCAAGGCUAUUCCCCAACUUGCGCUCCAUCAGUCUGCACAAGUCAGGACUGCAUUCCUGGGAAGACGUUGACAAACUGAAUUCUUUCCCUAAGCUUGAGGAAGUGAGAUUGCUGAGAAUCCCUCUCCUUCAGUCGUACACCAAUGAGGAGCGGAGGAAGCUGGUAAUAGCCAGGCUACCAUCAAUCACCAAGCUGAAUGGAAGUGUCAUAACGGAGGGAGAACGAGAAGACUCUGAGAGGUUUUUCAUCCGCUAUUACCUGGACUUCCCACAGGAAGAAGCUCCUUUCAGGUACCAGGAACUAGUGACAAAAUACGGGAAGCUGGAAAAACUGGCGGAGAUCGACCUGACCCCUCAGAGCAGCGCCAAAGUCGAAGUUCACUUCAAGGACCAAGUGAAGGAGAUGAACAUCCGCUUAGAUCAGACGGUGGCGGAGCUGAAGAAGGAACUCAAAACGUUGGUCCAGCUGCCCAUCAGCAGCAUGCUGGUCACCUACUUCAAUAACGAAGACCCUUUUGGCCCCGAGGAGCUGAAGUACAACUCGAGGGCCCUGCAUUCCUACGGCAUCCGGGAUGGAGACAAAAUCUACGUGGACUCCAAAGCCAAGUAGCCUCUCUCGCUCCAGAGUGCGCGCCCGGCCCCACGUAAAACACCAUCAAGGGACUUUCUGACGGGGGGGUGUUUCAUUUGGGUUCACGGGGUUGAGACGUGGUGUUUCAGAAGUGCGUCCGGCCACCACUUCUAGCCCAGGUUAGCAGGUCCAGAUCCGUUGAGAGAAAAGCACCGGCAUUCAGCGCAGAUGAACAGACAGGAUGCUCCUCAGAGGCGUGACAUCGAGCAGGUGGGCUGUUUUCCCUUUGGUAUCUCCCAGCUACUUCAGUUUACUUGUGAGCGGGCCGGCUUCAAACUCAGAGGUUAUGACAGCUACUCAAGCCAGGGAAUUCAGCCUUCGGCACGCAUAAGCGUCAGGUACGUGUGAAAAAGAUUCUGCGCAGCUCUUGUUCCCGUGGCACUUGGACUCCAAUUACAAACGGCUGCACUGCUGUCCCUUCA